CCAUCGUUCCAAAAUGAAGCCGCUUCUCAAGUCGCCAAAUAAGGUCACGUCAUUGGGCCUUUGGAUGCUCCUGUUUUGUGCCCCGCUUUUAUUCUGCAACGUGGCACUUGGGCAGGUCACGAAGCAAGUCUAUCGAGCCGAUCUGAUUAAGGGCCUUGACACGAUUAUGCACACCGUGAUUCCUAAUGCCACACUUAUGGAAGGAGAUAAAUUGAUGGCGCUAGACCAAUUCUUUCGUGUCCUUAAGAAAUUAAACCCACUGAAUAAUGAUGGAGAUUCGCUAGUUAGAUACGCUUGGCCACCAGUAUCACCUCCUAAACCGUUGACGGGGAAGCAGUUCUCUGAAAAACUGAAGUCCCUAGAGUUGAAAUAUCAGGAGGUCUUCACGGCCAAGAACUACGUUGGUUGCGCACCCAACAGCUCCAGAUCGCGGGGUUACCCCUGCGCCCUGUGGACAUUGUUCCACUAUUGGACCGUGCAGAACGCGUUGCCCUACUACCCAUUCUUUCCGGGCACAGUUCUUAAGACUAUUCGGAAUUUCCUCAAGUAUUUCUAUGAUUGUCCAGAUUGCGUGAGCAACUUUGAGAAAAUGGUCAAACUUCGACCCAUUGAACUGGUGAAAACCCAUGACGCGGAGAUACUUUGGCUCUGGGAAACGCACAACGAAUUCAACAAGCCAACUGCCACGCAGUUUCCCAGCGCGAAUAUGUGUCCCACCUGCAGGAACAAAGACCAAAGCUGGAGGACUGACGAAGUGCUGAAAUACCUGAAAAACCUCUACGCUGAGGCUAAUUUCAGUUUCGAUGGCCUGUCCACUUCCAAGGGAUACGACAUUAAGUCUUUGUAAGACAUGAAGUUUAAACUACCAUGGGAUCAUUGGAAAACCCACUUUUUUUUUGGUUUGUUAACAGACUUUUAAAAUAAUAAUGUAUUUGACCUUUAGUAUCUUAACAUCAGCGGAACUAGGUUUAUCUUUGAUAAUAAAUUGGCAUUUUUUUUCCUAA